AUGGGUGUAAUCUUAGCAGUAGCGGCUCUCGCAUUUGCCGGUGUUCUUGGACUUACAUUACUUGUGUUGGGUUGUGCUCUUCCAAUGUUUGGAAAUUGGUCACCGAUGUUUGUCAUUGCUUUUUACAUCUUUGCUCCGAUUCCUCUGAUGAUAGCCCGACAUUUUCAGGAAGACAUCUCUGGAACAAACGCCUGUAUUGAGUUAGCGUUGUUUAUCACCACUGCUAUUGUCGUAUCAGCUUUCGCUCUUCCAACUGUUCUUGCUCACGCCGGCACUAUCAAGUUUAAUGCGAUGUUGUUGGUGAACACGGGAUCCGUUGUGAUGUUCCUUACUAUUCUCGGAUACUUCUACCUACACCGCGACGAGGAUUCUGGAAGUUGGAGUCAGACGUUGUUCUAG